CUUCCCCGUUGGUAGAGUGUGGAAUGCAGUAGUCAUCGAGGUAGAGCUGGACACUGACUGAACUCUCACUGGGCUCUCAUUCAGGAGCAAAAGAAUGCUUUACACUGAGUUACUGCGGUUGUGGGAUGAAGCGGUGCAGGCGGUAGAUGCCAAGGACUGGCAUGGAGCUCUGUCCAAACUCGAGGAGAUCAGUGAACCCACAUCUCGCAUUUUGUUUAAUGUUGCCUCAGCUCACCUGGUUCUGGGACAGCUGGACCUGGCCCUGAAGGCUUUAGACCUCGCCAUUGCUAAGGAUGAACGUCUUGCUGUUGGCUUCUUCCAGAGAGCAGCAGUGAUGAUGCAGAUUGACAGGUUGGAGGAGGCUCUGUCAGACUGCAUCUGGGCACAGAAGCAUAUGAGAGGAAACAUGGUCAUUGACUACAGACAGCUGGGACUACGAUUCAAACUCUACAGCUGGCAGGUAUUAUAUAAUGCAGCAGCUGUGUACUGUCGGAUGGGCCAGUGGGAGCAGGCCAAGGAGAUCCUGCUGACAGCCUCCCAGGAGAGAGGAGGAAGUCGAGGGGGAAACAUAGAGGUGGCUUUGGACAGCGUCCUGAGGGAAGAGGUACUGGCUCCUCUCCUGGUGCCUGAGGAUGUGGUGUUUCGUCCCAGGAAACAGGAUGUGGAGCAGCUGCAGCAAAGAGACUUCCUGGGCAAAUCAAAGGUGAUUACCUCCAUGAUUCCCAAUGAUGAUUUUGGAGGCUUUGAACCUCUGAGGCUACAGAAACCUGGUUUCUAUGAGCCUAAGGUGGAUGGAGCUCAGGACUCUCGAUACAUGCGCAUGCGGAUCCCUUACAUGGCUCGGGGCCCGGGACAGCUGACUGUGCCGGGAGGGGCCACAGUGUUUUUAUUUGGCGAGGAGGACAGGGAUGGGAUGGCAACUGUCAUAUAUGAUGGACAGAGAGGACUUCUGCCAAUAUCCCUGCUUGAACCUGCAGAUGUCAAGAUGUCCAAAGGCAAAAAGGAGAAUAGAGUUCCCAGUGGCAUCCCUCUCCCACCAGGACUCAAGCCACCGACUCGCCCUGAGGCCCAGCAUAGCCCUGCAGCUCCUCCUCGAGUACGUUUUACCUCAGACACUCCACCUCCAUCCUACACUACUGCCACCCACGCACCACUGGCAGCCUCAGAGCCUCCCAAGGACCCAGCCAACGCAGCCAGCGACCAGCAUGAUGGUGUAGUUCAGGGAGCAGAGGUGGGCUCCGUGGUGGUGAAGGUCCACUACACGUACACUGUGGCGCUGUCUGUCCCUCUGGACACACCGUACCAUGAAGUGAAGGAACGCAUCGCACAGAAAUUGGGCCAGCCUGUGUCUCAGCUGCGCCUCAGAUAUAAGCAGCAUGGUUCCCGGGUGCUGAUACCUCUGGGUGGGGAGGUGGAGCCAGGCCGCACUGUGCAAGAAGUGGCUGAGGCUGGCAGAGCUACCCUGUGGUGCCAGACAGAAGAUCCCCUGGCCAACCGUCCUAUCCUCUACCAGAUGGUGGCGCUGUAUGACUACAAUGCUCAGGGCACAGAGGACCUGGAGUUCAGCGAAGGAGAUACUAUCGACAUCCUGGGUGAAGUUAAUGAGGAGUGGCUAGAGGGACACUGUGCAGGAAACAUAGGAAUCUUCCCCAGCUGCUUUGCCUACAGCGAGAACGCCAACAUCACCCAGAGCCCCGAAUUAUAAAAGCAGAUGUGUUACUGUCAUCUCUAAUAAAAUUAUCUUGGUGGCACUUCA